UAUACGUUUUACAUUAAAUUUAGUCUUAAUUACAUACAAAAAUCGCGCUUUGAGCAAUUUUUUAUACACAACCUCGAAGCGGCGUCGUCCAAAAGAAAGAAAAGAAAAAGAAAGAAUUAAGGAUUACGGAUUUUCCUGGGAUAUGUACACGACCAGGGCUGAAAUGAAAAUCUUUGCCACGAACGUUGUUGACAGCGGGGCGGAUGGUGUUGGUGUUGCUGCUGCUGCAGCCGCAACAACAGCAGCUCAGCAACAACAACAACAACUGCAGCAGCAACGCGAAUUUCGCUGUGGCGCUCAAGUGAAAUAUAAUAAGUACAAUAACAACAACAAUAGUAAUAACAAAAAUGCAAAUAUGUUGCGACAGGCAAAGUAUAACAAUGCCAAUAAUAGCAGCAGUAACAAUCAUAAUAACAACAACAACAGCGAUAAUAAGAAUGCAAAGCGCCAGCAUCAACAGCAACAACAGCAGCAACAACAAUCUCAGCAGCAACAUAUGCACUACAACAACAAUAACAACAACGUGCAUAACUUUGCGCGCAAGAAAUAUUUUGGCAACAACACAACUAACAAUAACAGCAACAGCUACAACUGCAAUCAAGCGCAGCAGCAACAAUCUGCCUAUUACCAACAGCAACAGCAGCAACAUCAAAUUGGUGCAUCAGCAGCAACAGCAAAGCUGACCAACAACAAUAGCAACAACAGCAACAACAACAAUUUAAUGAUCAAAAAUCAAAAUAUUAUUGAAGACAUCAAUUGCAAGUUGAGCAAUGACAGCAACAACAACAACAGUGAUAGCAAUAAUAAUAAUAGCAACAACUGUGCCCCUAAAUCACAAACGAAAACUAUGAGCAACCACAACAUUGCUAACAGCAAUAACAACAACAAUAAGAAGCGCAACUCGCUAUCAUCAACAACAGAAUCUUCGAUCUCAUCCUCGUAUUAUCAUAGUUGCUCCGAGUCAUCAUCUAUUCAGGCAGCUGCCACACGCAACAACAAUAAUGCUGAGAAUGAGCGUCAGCAACAACAACAACAACAGAGCACGCCAUCAGCAAUGGAAGUUGCUGUCGCAUCUAAACAUCCGCCUUCAAACACGAUGGGACAGCAGAACAACAGUAACAGCGGCAAGGGUCAAAGGUCACGACAGCAACCGCUGUGUUUCUGGAAGACAAGUUACCCACAACAACCCACGUUGCAGCAAAAAGAACAGCAGUUGGAGGCGGCGUUGGCAACACAAAAGGAAACGGAACUGGCAAUGGCAGCUGCAACCACAGCAGCAACCACAGUGGAUCAGCAGCCACAUUAUUAUCAGUAUUAUUAUUCGCAGCCAAAGCAAUUGACGAUUGCAUCGUUUUUGCAAAAGGAAUUGCUGCCCGUUGGGGACAAGGUCAAUCAGCAGCAGCAAAAACAACACCAGCAACAUCAACAGCAGCAGCAGCCACAACAGCAACAGCAGCAAUCGGGCGGUUAUCAGCAGCGAUAUCGUAAUGUUAACUACAACUAUAAUAGCUAUCAGCAACAUUCACACACGCACACACACCAACACCAACAACAGCAGCAGCAACAACAGCAACAUCAUCAGAAUCAUAAUAAUCAUAACAACACUCAUAGGCACAAUACACAUUUUCGACACAACAAGAAGAUGCAUUUCAAUAGCAGCAGCAACAGCAACAACUCGUCGACACCAACAGCACAAAAGUCUAUUGAAAUAUUGCCCACGAGCAACUUUAAUGCAUCGCAUAGACGCAUGCCGAAUGCUGCUGCUGUUGGCAAUAAUUGCAGUGUUGCGGGCAAGAAUGAAUUCUACCCGAUACAACAGCAUCCACAUCCAUAUCAUUUGCUACCAGGCAAGGAGCAUCAGAAUUUUUAUAAUCUAACGUAUGUAAAUGUGGAUUUGGAUGUGCCACCGCCAACUAUGACAAUGGCAACAUCAGCAGCAGCAGCUGCAGCAGCAACAACAGCAAUUGUUGCUGGCAUCAAGACGAUGCCUUCAUUGGUACUUAAGCCGCUAGCAACCGCUAAUGGAGCUGCUGUCUCUCCAACUCCGACGCCGCCGAUUAAAUCCUCGACAAUCACACAGUCUGAUGUUGCAAAAGCGACAGCAACAGUUGCUGUUGCAAGCGUUACGGCAACGGCGGCGGCAACAGCAAGUAAAAAUAUGUUCCUGCAGCCAGCACCAUCGCUGCAGCUGCUCGGUCCUGGCAUGCUUUCACCAAUAGCAUUAAGUCCGGAUGCGGUUGCCACCACACCAGCAAAUAUGAUAAGCUGUGCACAAUUAGACGAGGCAAUCACAGCGGCAGCAGCCAACAACAAUACGGGCAACAGUCACACUUGUGGCAAGAACGUGGAACUUGCAGCCGUAAUGCCAGUUACCAGUCCCAACUAUGCGGCAUUACCUUUCCUCAUACAACAGCAACAACAACCACAACAACAACAAAAGCCGCAACAGCAACUGUUGUUUCAAAACAAUAAAACACAACAGCAACAACAACAAGUAUUCUUUGGAUUUGGUGAUGGCUAUAACAAUGCUCCAGCCGCUUGGAGUCAUGCCAACUCGCCAUGCUACUCAACUGCUUAUGGCCCAAGUUGCAGCAGCAUCUCCAGCGGCUCCGCCCACAGCCGCAUCCAGGGGCACCGUCCAGGUGCCGUGUCGCCCGCAUUAUCCAAUUGCUCGCUGGCCAGUGAGUCACAAUGGAGCAGUCGAAGUCGAUUGACGCCAACAGAGGUGCUGUCCGUGUCGCCUACACCUACGGCCACGCCCACAGCAACAGGGACGGGACAACAGUUGUCGCCGCAUCCGUUAACGGGGUCACCGGUGGUGGGUGGGAAUAUUAAUGGGUUGCAUGCAAUGCUACCGUUUAGUGUACCACCGCCGUCCACACACAAUAUGCCAGUGGGCGGUGGUUACCAGCAUUUUUGUGGGCCCAACUGUGGCUGCAAUGGUAGCACAUCAUGGCCAGCAUCCUGGUAUGAGGUGGUCCUGCCACCGGAUCGCUAUUUGGACCAUGCACGCAACGUGGAGUUGGCCAUGCAACCGGAGCAACUGUUGUGCCACUGUAAGUACGACAACCUAUCGUUGGAUAUUUGGAAACGCUUCCGUGGCGCACAACAGACUCAGGCCAGAUUUAAGCUGAAGAUGCGAUUGUGGCGCUAUCUGUUCAUCUGGAUAAACCAGCCCAUGUUCUCGCGUUACCGCAUCUGCCUGGUGGGAUCGACCAUUACCGGCUUUGGAACGGACUCCUCGGAUAUCGAUAUGUGCCUGUUGCCGGAACAGCCGUCACAUCAUCAGCAGCAGCAUCAUUAUCACAACGAGCUGCGCACAGAGGCACUAAUGACACUGAAUCUAUUCCAUACUGUACUUAAGGAAAUGGAAGCUUUUCAGGAUUUCAACUUAAUCGAGGCGCGAGUUCCGAUUCUUCGCUUCAAAGAUCGGAUCAACGGCAUCGAGGUCGAUCUCAACUAUAACAAUUGUGUGGGCAUUAAAAACACAUAUUUACUGCAGUUGUAUGCGCAGUUGGACUGGCGUACACGUCCACUUGUUGUCAUUGUAAAGCUAUGGGCACAAUAUCAUGAUAUAAACGAUGCCAAACGAAUGACAGUCUCAAGCUAUUCGUUGGUGCUGAUGGUAUUGCAUUAUCUACAGUACGGCUGUGUGCCGCAUGUGUUGCCCUGUUUGCAGGCUCUCUAUCCGGAGAAGUUCAAUUUGGGGCAACAGGAUUGCUUGGACCUGGACCUCAUUGAGCCAAUCGAGCCGUAUCAGACGCACAACACACAAACGCUGGGUGAACAUUUGCUGGGCUUCUUCAAGUACUACAGCAAUUUUGAUUAUCGCAACAAUGCCAUAUCCAUACGCACUGGUGGCGUUUUACCGGUGACCUCUUGUCGUGUGGCCAAGAGUCCCAAGAACGAUAUACACCAAUGGAAGGAGCUCAGCAUUGAGGAGCCUUUUGAUCUAUCAAACACAGCUCGCUCUGUCUACGAUAACGCAACCUUUGAGCGAGUCAAGGCAACAUUUGUUCAUUCGGCCCGUCGACUAGAGCAUACACUGGAUCUAGCCUCCAUAUUCACACCCAUUCAUCACACGCAGCGUAUGCCAAUGCAUCAGUCGAAUAUGCAUCCUCAUUCGCACCCUUCGCACACUAAUCAUUCGCAUUCGCAUCCACAUCCGCAUCCGAAUCCUCAUCAGCAUCAGCAUUUGAUGCAUUCACGAAACACUGCACCGACUGUUCCAUCAAAGAUGAUCACAGCUGGGUCCUUUGCUACGGCAGCCACAAAUCUUGUUUAAAACAAAGAUACACAUGCUAUAUAUAUAUAUAUAUAUAUGUCUGUCAUUUGUCAGUCAUAUAGUAUACACAACAGCCCACCCAAUCAAGAAUACAAACAUUCUCCCAAAUCAUGUGCGAUGCACAACAAUAACAUUAUAUUAUAUACAACAAAAAAA